CCAGGGUGUUCUAGCCGAACGCUGAUCGCGACACCUACAGGAAUAGUAGUCGCACGGAGAGUUCUGUGCGCACGCGCGGUGCUGUCUCAGAAAGAUGUGUUUGUGUAUUUUGGGUUUGCUGGGGGAGGGGUGCGAAAGGGAAACAGCAGUCCCAUUCUGCCCAGCGCUAGCCCUUCAUUGGCCGGGGUAACUGUAUAUUUGUAUAUAGUUUUAAAACUACAACUCCCAUCCUGCUUCAGCCUCUUCCUGACGUCACCUCCUUUGUCGGCACCGGAAGUGAAGUUGAGUCGGUGCGCGGCGGUGAUACAGGGAAAUCAGAGAUAAUGGAGGAGAUCGGGAUUGUUAUAGAGAAGGGAAGCGGCCAGGAUGAAGCUCCUCCUCUGGCCUCAUCGCGCCCAAUAACUGCCCUCUCCUUCCUUGGGCCUGAGUCUGAAGAUCUGGAAGAUUUAUACAGUCGCUAUAAGAAACUGCAGCAGGAGCUGGAAUUCCUGGAGGUGCAGGAGGAAUACAUUAAGGAUGAACAGAAGAAUCUAAAGAAGGAAUUUCUCCAUGCCCAGGAGGAAGUGAAACGAAUACAGAGCAUCCCGCUGGUGAUUGGCCAGUUCUUGGAGGCUGUAGAUCAGAACACGGCCAUUGUAGGAUCCACCACAGGCUCUAAUUACUAUGUCCGGAUCCUGAGCACCAUUGACAGGGAGCUGCUGAAACCCAAUGCCUCUGUAGCUCUGCACAAACACAGCAACGCUUUAGUGGAUGUCCUACCCCCAGAGGCUGAUAGCAGCAUCAUGAUGCUCUCCUCAGACCAGAAGCCGGACGUUCUAUUUUCAGAUAUCGGAGGGAUGGACAUCCAGAAGCAGGAAGUGAGGGAGGCAGUAGAACUCCCGCUGACGCACUUUGAGCUUUAUAAACAGAUAGGGAUUGACCCACCUAGAGGGGUUUUGAUGUACGGCCCCCCAGGGUGUGGGAAGACUAUGCUGGCUAAGGCUGUGGCUCAUCACACCACAGCCGCCUUUAUCCGAGUGGUGGGCUCCGAGUUUGUACAGAAGUACCUGGGCGAGGGCCCUCGAAUGGUGCGGGAUGUUUUCCGAUUGGCCAAAGAGAAUUCCCCCGCCAUUAUAUUUAUUGAUGAGAUUGAUGCCAUUGCCACAAAGCGAUUCGAUGCCCAGACAGGAGCCGAUCGUGAGGUUCAGCGAAUUCUACUGGAACUUCUUAACCAGAUGGAUGGAUUUGACCAGACAGUGAAUGUAAAGGUAAUCAUGGCCACCAACAGGGCAGACACAUUAGAUCCGGCACUGCUGCGUCCUGGGCGACUCGACAGGAAAAUCGAAUUUCCGUUACCCGACCGCAGGCAAAAACGCCUCGUAUUCUCCACCAUCACCAGCAGCAUGAACUUGUCUGAGGAGGUGGACCUGGAGGACUAUGUUGCUCGUCCUGAUAAGAUUUCCGGCGCUGACAUUAACUCUAUCUGCCAGGAGGCUGGAAUGCUUGCUGUCCGGGAGAACAGAUACAUAGUGUUGGCCAAAGACUUUGAAAAAGCCUACAAGACGGUCAUCAAGAAGGAUGAACAGGAGCACGAGUUCUACAAAUAAACGUUACCUCCCUGUGCCCCCCUCAUCCCAUCGUUGAUUGUCUCCCUAAAGUACAUUGUGACCAGGCGUUUCAAUAAAAUGGUCUUGUUUUUA